UCCAGAUAAAAUGGCCGCUACUCCUUCAGUCACAUGGGCUCAGCGCCCCAAAAUGGUUUUCCUAACCAUCAAUGUCAGUGAUUGUACAAAUCCUGAAAUUAAGUUGGAGAAGGACAGUCUACACUUCAAGGGUGUUGGAGGCCCUGACAAGAAGGAGUAUGAGAUCAAGAUGAAGUUCUUGAAGGAGUUGGAUGUUGAUGCGUCUAAGUACGCAGUCAGGCCCCGUAGCGUAGACUUUGCGCUAGAGAAGGCUGAGGAGGGACCAUACUGGGAGAGACUUCUAGAGGAUAAGACUAAACAGCACUGGCUUAAGAUUGACUUCACCAAGUGGAGGGAUGAGGACAGCGAUGACGAGGGAGCAGGAGGAGAUGAAGGAGACAUGGCUUCCAUGAUGGGAGGCAUGGGUGGUAUGGGAGGCAUGGGUGGUAUGGGCGGCAUGGGUGGUAUGGGCGGCAUGGGUGGUAUGGGAGGUAUGGACCUUGCGGCAAUGAUGAAGGGCAUGGGAGGUAUGGGAGGUAUGGGAGGUAUGGGAGGUAUGGAUAUGCCUGGUAUGGGAGAAGGAGAGGAGGAGGAUGAGGAGGGAGACAGUGAUGCUGAGAACCUCCCUGGUCUUGAGUAGACCUAGUCAUCCAUCCCUGAGUUCUACUCAUCCCUGAUGCAUCUCGUCCAGUCAUCCUUUUAGUUGGAUGUAAAAUAUUCUGUAUUUUGAUCAUUUUGUAAAUCAUUCCCCCAACUCGAUCCUGAGAUCAUGAUCAGUUUAGUUCUGUCCUACCUCUGAUCUCUGUAUAGAAUUCUCCAGUGUUAAUCCAUCAGAUCGAUCUUGAUUGAUUGAUUGGUCGAUAUCGACUGAUUACGUGGCAUUUAUGCUUGUACGAUAUUCUGCAGUAUUUGCUAUUUCAG